CGUAUGUAAUAUCUCCUCUGUCAUCUGGGGGGCAGACUCGCGGGUAGAUUGUAGCUCUACCACUGCGGCACCACAGAAGAAGAAGCUCAGUUGCUGCGUGACUGUAAUGAUGGCGGCCGCCUUGAGAGGAAGCUUGGUAUCAUUGGUCAAGGGUCUGAGCGGCCCCCGGUGGCAGCAGCUGGCCUCUCGACCAGUGAGUGUGUCUGCCGCUCUCUGUGGCCCCGAGGCCCCCCCAGCCCGUGCUGAUGCUACCUUUAAGGUCACCAUGGUGCCAGGGGACGGAGUGGGACCCGAGCUGAUGACUGCCGUCAAGGAAGUGUUUAAGGCAGGAGAUGUCCCGGUGGAGUUUGAGGAGUUUCACCUAAGCGAGGUACAGAACAUGGCCAGCGAGGAGAAGCUGGAGCAGGUUUUAACCUCCAUGAAGACCAACAAAGUGGCCAUGAAAGGAAAGAUCCACACACCCAUGGAGUUCAAAGGGGAGCUGGCUUCAUAUGAGAUGAGACUGAGGCGUAAGCUGGACCUAUUCGCUAACGUGGUUCAUGUGAACAGCCUGCCGGGCUACAGCACCCGCCACAACAACCUGGACCUGGUCAUCAUCCGCGAACAGACCGAGGGGGAAUACAGCUCCCUGGAGCACGAGAGUGUGCCAGGUGUGAUCGAAUGCUUGAAGAUCAUCACCCGAGUGAAGUCACGGCGUAUUGCCAAGUUCGCCUUUGAUUACGCCACCAAGAAGGGACGAAGCAAGGUCACUGCUGUUCACAAGGCCAACAUCAUGAAACUUGGUGAUGGCCUGUUUCUGCAGAGCUGUGCUGAGAUUGCAGAACUUUACCCCAAAAUCAAAUAUGAGAACAUAAUCAUUGAUAACUGUUGCAUGCAGCUCGUGCAGAACCCAUACCAGUUUGACGUGCUGGUGAUGCCCAACCUGUACGGGAACAUCAUUGAUAACCUGGCAGCGGGGCUGGUUGGAGGAGCUGGAGUUGUUCCUGGAGAAAGCUACAGUGGAGAGUAUGCUGUGUUUGAGACUGGUGCGCGCCACCCCUUUGCACAGGCUGUAGGGAGGAACAUUGCUAACCCCACAGCCAUGCUGCUCAGUGCCGCUAACAUGCUCAAGCACCUCAACCUGGAUUAUCACUCCAAUAUGGUGUCAGAUGCUGUCAAGAGGGUCAUCAAACAGGGCAAGGUACGGACACGAGACCUUGGCGGUUACUCUACCACUACCGACAUUGUGCGUGCUGUUACGGAAAACCUGCGUCACCGACCUGUUCGAUAAUCGUCACAUUGCUUCCCUAAAUCUGAACAUUGUUCUUAACAUGAAGUGGACGCAUGUAAAGACUCAACUCCCCUCUGACAUGACAGUAGUGUCACAGAGUUUUGACAAACACUAGGAGCAUCAUACUGUAUGUGGAUUAAACUGGGUUUGCAGCUCAUAAGGCUUCCUCUCAUGGACUUUUUUAAAUCUGCAGUUUUUGCUUCACUGAUUAAGGUCAUGUUUUCUUUCUUUGUAGAGUUUUUUUGGCCGCUGAUUGUCAGCCAUACAGCCUACCUCUCCACUAUCAUACAUUGUUAGAAUCUGUCAACCAGGCUGCCUUUAUCUACAGAUUAUAUCGACUAAACAUCUUUGUCGUCACACUUCUCCAAAUCACCGUAGUUUUAUCGUAUUUUCCUUUUAAAUCCGAUGUGCCCGAAUGAUAACAGUACUGCAUCAUAACCCACUUAAACUGUAACACUUCUGACCCACAAAUGUCUUCAUGUUUUUAAUAAAACUAUGUUCUAUCGCAGUGCUGUAAACGAACAUAUUAACUUUGGUUUAGUAAGUUACUGUAUAGCAAAGCCGAACCGGACAUAUGAAUUGUAGCAUGAAAUUAAUAAUACAGUUAUUUUAACAUCAAUACAACGUAGAAGUACUAUUCCAUUGACUGUCAAAAAAAUUAUAAAAGUUAUAAUUGUUCAAUUUAAUAGCUAUAGAAAACCUCCCUAUGUGACAUAAAGCCAUUCCUCAAUUAUAAAUCAAACUAACAAAUGAUGUUGUAGAGUAUUUGUUAGUUUGAUCUGUUCUCUGUUUUAUUCAAACAUUAUUUCCAAGGUUUCAUAAUAAACUGUUUUGUAUGGUUGAUGCCAGUCAAGACAUUUCAAAUGCUGCUCUACCUCACCACCUGAGGAGUGUUUUUUGUCAUAAUGUGCCACGAUUUAAGACCAAAAAUAAAAGAUAACGUAUUAA